GGUGAUUCUCAAUAUCAUGUAGUCCACAUGAGAGUUCUUUGAGGCAAAGAAGGGAGUAGAUGACUCAUAAUGGUUGUCGGAGUCCUCAAAGGAAACCAGGGAAAUUUAAAUCACAUCAGGACAGUCCAGAAACCAGCAAAGAAAAUGAAGAAGCCCACAAAGAAAGGGAGGGCAGCAAUGAUAGAUCUAGGUCUUCACAUAGAAUAUCAUCGUGUGCACCUAAUCUCAGUAAGUGGAAGAGUUCUCCUGGUAAACUUCGUUACCCCGAAAGAUUGGCUGGCAGUUGAUCUACGGAAUCACUGAAUUGUUCUGAUAGUGUUGAAGCUGGAAAAAAAACCCCAAAAAUAAGUAUGCUUUUGGUUGUGUCCCAAGUUAUAUUUCUUCUUAUUUUAUCAUCACUUGCAUAUAGAGGUAACACUCUAGCUCACAGUGAGAAUCCCUAUGCAAGGGAAGUUCAUCCAGGAACUCCUGAUCAACGAAGCAUGCCAAUAUCUGAUGAAAGGGGCUGCUCUUGUCAAAAUGAAGUGAGGGACAGUGAUCAAUCCCUUGAAAAAGAGACAGUAGCAGGGCCUGUUGAAAAAGAUGAUCAUAUACACUGAAACUUUGAUUCUGAAGAAAAGGAUAAGUAUAGGUCUAAACGUAAGGAAAAGAGAAAGCGUAAAAGAUCCGAGAGGCAAGAAGUGACUUCUAAUGAUGAUUAUAGUUCUGAUUCUGAAAUAGAAGACAGGAAGGAAGUGAAAAGGAGGAGGAAAGAAGGGGAGAUUGCGGAAGGAGGAGAAGCGUAGAUGGCGCAAGGAGAGGCAUUGUAAAAGGAAAGAAAGAUGUGCAGAGAAGCUGAAAUUGAAGGCCCAGGAUGACUCUUAUGCUUCAGAUGGUGGGCAUGUCUCAAAAAAGGAGCCUCAUUAUAGUGAUGAUGAAGAGACAGUCUCUGACCAGAAGAAACUUGAGAUUGAGUUAAGGAAGAAGGCGCUUGAAUCACUCAAAGCUAAGAAGGGCAUUAGUCACUAAAUCUUGUGUCCCUGGAACAAUGAUUGGUUAUUUUAGCAUCUUGUUCCUUCUGAAUAGACAUAAUUAAUUUUGACAGGAGUCUUAAAGUUUCAUAGGAGAGUGAUUUUGCAUAUUGAUGUUUAAUGUAGUCUGUGUUUACUGCUGGCGGCUGGAAUGGAUAAAUGAGGAUUUCCUGAGCUUUCUCUUGAGUGCAACUUUAUGCAGACUUCGCUGCUAGAUUUUCUGGUAACAGCUGUCUUGAGGAAUUUGAUGUUUUGUUCUUAUAUAUCUAUUAGGGUAUUUAGGGUUCUAGCCACCUUGAUUAGCGGUUGUCUCUUGUAGUUUUUUGCAUUUUUUAAAGUUGAUUUGAUCAUUUGUUUCUGACCUGGGAACAUUGAACCAUGUUUGGCUUAUAUUUGCUGGAAGAACUUGAAGGGGUCUGCAUGGUUAAAUGAUUAUUUAAUUGUUAUUCAAUGAAACAAUUAAACAUAU